AUGGUCAAAGCCAACUCUUGGGCCAUCACCAAAGGCCUUCUGUUUCUCAGUACCCUAUUGUCUACCUCUAGUGUCGUCAACGCAGACAACCCCAUUGUGCAGACCGUCUACACUGCCGACCCUGCCCCCAUCGUGCACAAUGGUCGUGUCUAUCUUUUCACAAGUCACGAUGAGGAUGGCUCCACAAACUUCAACAUGAAGGAUUGGCGCCUGUUCUCGUCAAACGACAUGGUCAACUGGCAACACCACCCAUCUCCCAUGGGCCUCACCACCUUCAGCUGGGCGAAUGACAGAGCCUGGGCUGGCCAAGUUGCUUCACGCAACGGCAAGUUCUACUACUACGUUCCUGUCGCUAUGAAAAACGGACGCAUGGCUAUCGGUGUAGGUGUGAGUGAUAACAUCCUCGGACCUUACCGCGAUGCCUUGGGCAAGCCACUGGUUGAGAACAACGAGAUUGACCCAACUGUCUUCAUCGACGAUGAUGGGCAAGCUUACUUGUACUGGGGCAACCCCGGCCUCUGGUAUGUCAAGCUCAACCAGGACAUGAUAUCGUACAGCGGCAGUGUCAACAAGGUGCAGCUUACAACAGCUGGCUUUGGCUCCCGUCCUAACAACGCCCAGCGCCCAACCAACUACGAGGAAGGGCCGUGGCUGUACAAGCGUAACGGAAUGUACUACAUGAUUUACGCAGCGAACUGCUGUUCUGAAGAUAUUCGCUACUCAACAGGUCCCACCGCCACUGGCCCUUGGACAUACCGCGGCGUUCUCAUGGCGCAGGAAGGAAAGAGUUUCACCAACCACCCUGCCAUCAUUGACUUUAACAACAAGUCUUAUUUCUUCUACCACAAUGGUGCCCUACCUGGCGGUAGUGGAUACACACGAUCAGUCGCCGUUGAGAGCUUCCAGUACAACUCCAACGGAUUGAUCCCUCAGCUGCGCAUGUCCACAAGCGGUCCUGCACAAGUCAGAUCUCUGGAUCCAUAUACCCGUCAAGAAGCUGAAACUAUUGCUUGGACCAACGGCGUCGAGACCGAGGCUUGCAGUGAGGGUGGUCUUGCCGUUAGCUUCAUCAACAACGGAAAAUACAUCAAAGUCAAGGGUGUGGCCUUUGGAAACGGUGCCCAGUCCUUCAGUGCUCGCGUUGCAUCAGCGAACAGCAAGGGAGGUAAGAUUGAGUUGAGGCUGGGAAGUGAGACUGGUAAGCUCGUUGGAACUUGCACGGUUCCCUCGACUGGCGGAUGGCAGACCUGGAAGACUGUUGACUGCCCUGUUAGUGGAGCGACGGGUACAAGUGAUUUGUUCCUCCGCUUUACUGGAGAGGGCUCAGACUACUUGUUUAACGUCAAUUGGUGGCAGUUUAAGUAA